CAGCCCCUCGGGCAGUGGGCGUAACCGCAACAGAGGCGUGGGAGACGCGGCUCCCUGGCACCGCCCGUACCCCGUGUCCCGGUGGGCACGGCCUGUCCUCAAGGCGCCUUCGGGGUGGCGUGAGGGUCGGAGGCAGCUCAGAAUUAGGAAGCGGCAGCGACCUGGAGCCGGGCGCAGGUCACCACCGCCCACCCCCGCGAACUUGAACCUGAACCCUGAGAUAUAUUUUUGCCAUCAUGGAUCAGUUUGGAGAUAUAUCAGAAGGUGAAGUGGACCAUUCUUUCUUCGACAGUGAUUUUGAGGAUGCAAAGAAAAGUGAAAGUAACUCAGUGUUUGACAAGCAAAAUGAUAAUCCUAAAGAGAGAAUAGACAAAGAUACACAAAAUGUAAACUCAAAACUUAGAAUGCAAAGAAACGAAAAUUAUUUUACUGAGAAAGAAAAUGAAAGACAAGUGAUAAUUCCUCCAAAAGAACACGUAAUAGGAAAUGAUAGUACACACACCAGAAAUUCUUUUUCACUGACCACUUCUUCAAGAUCAAAGAAAUUGAGUGAUGCUACAACAGGACGUAAAAUACACUUGACCAUUCCAAGUAGAAUUCCCAAAACUGUAAAAGAAGGUGAAGAUGAUUACUACACAGACGGAGAGGAAAGUAGCGAUGAUGGGAGAAGACAUCACGUCCGGUCCAAGUCAGCCAAACCGUGUAGUCAGGCCAAGAAAGGCCCAGGUAGAAAGUAUUCCAAAAGGAGUUCCUCUUCCUCUUUGUCCUCCUCAACGUCACGGUCAGGCACGGAGUCUUCAGAUGCAGACUCUGAUAAUUGUGCAUCUGAUUCUCCUCCAGGAUUAAAGAAACAUCUCUCGCGUGUAACUCACUCGUCACCGAAGCAGAAAUCUCACUCAGCAGCGCAGUCAGCAGGACCACAGCCUUCAGGGACUAAACCAAAAGUCGGCGACUGUGCCGAGGAAUCAGAAGACACUGUGACAGAUGUCACUCCUUUAUCAACCCCUGACAUCAGCCCUGUUCAGUCUUUUGAACUGGGCACAUCAAACGAUCAGAAAGUAAAAAUUAAACGGCAAGAAAAUGUGAGUCAGGAAGUGUAUGGGAGUAUUGGGGAUUUAAAAAAUAAUUUGAAAUCGGCCAAAAAAGGAAAAGAAAAACACGGGGCCAACCUCACCCCCAAGUCCCCAGAGUUAGACUCCAGCUCAGGCCGCAGGCACAAACAGAAAGCCUUAAAUGACACAAUGGACCUGAAUCAUCUCUUGAAAGCUUUCCUGGAAUUGGAUAAAAAGGGUCCGCAGAAACGUCACUUCGACCAGCAGCCUUCAGUAGCACCUGGGAGAAACUACUCGUUCACGAGAGAGGAGGUGAGGCAGAUUGAUCGGGAAAACCAGAGGCUUUUGAAAGAACUGUCGAGACAGGCUGAAAAGCCAGGAAGCAAAAAUAUGACUCCCAGAAGAUCGACUAGUCAUCCCCCUAAGUUAUAUCACAGUGCCAUCAACCGACAGAGGGAACAACAGAGGAUUGAAAGAGAAAAUUUGGCUUUACUGAAGAGGCUGGAAGCUGUGAAACCGACGGUGGGCAUGGAGCGCUCGGAGCAGCUGCUGGACUACCACCGCAACAUGGGCUACCUCAGCGCGGCGCCGUCCUUGAGGCGGGUCCGGGCCACGCCGGGCCAGUAUAGCCCCCUGAGAGGAGCCUCCAGAACAUCCAGCGCCACCAGCGGCCUCAGCUGUAAGAGCGAGGGCGCCGCUCUGGACACGUCCCGCGGCCUGUUGCUGAGACCUAAGCCCCCUAAUGUUCGUGCAGCUUGGUUAUAAAAACUUUUUACUUUACACGUUGUUCAUCUAAUUCUUCCUGAAUUGCCCUUGUGUAUUGUGCAGUUCUCUGUGUAAGCAUCUGUAAUAACUGUUUUAGGAAUUUUAAGUUGUACAACAGCGGGUUGUAAUUUACUGUAACUCAAUACAAAAUUGUUUUCCAGAAACAAUUGAGUGUAAAACCAGCGUCUCCUACGAGAAUGUAUCCGGAGGAGACGUGCGUGUGUUUAGUGCAGAGUGUGCGCCAUGUCCCUGGCAGAGGCGCUGUGACGACGGUGUCUCGCGCAUUGGACCCUGGGGUUCGCUGCAUGCGUCUUGUUUUAUUUUAUUUUCAUUUCUUAGGAGCUCCAAGCCAUAAGCAUAACUCCUAAAUUUGGCUUUUCUUUUUUUUCUGUUUGCUUCAGGAUUUAGGUGCUAUGACUCAGCUUGACUGUAACACUUUCUUAUUAAUGAAGCCAAUGUUGCAAUUUGUUUUCAUUGGCGGAGCUAAUUUACUGGGGCAACCAAUCCUCAACGAUUCUCCGGAGACAGCUACUGCCUCUGCGUGACUGUGCUGAGUUGGGUCUUAAAGUUUGAUCAGCUGUUCCGAACCAUUUCAGACUGAGUAUUUUAGGAAGUUCCAUUCAGAAGCUUCUCUUUCGUGGUUUUGUACAUGCAGAUGGAGUACUAUUAAUGGUUCUGAGAAGCAAGGUAGGCCUUCGUGCUACAGUCUGUGUUGUGAAUAGUUUGUACAAGGAAACAGAUCAUCAUAAGCAAAAACAAAUAUGUUUUGAAUCAGCAAAACAGCACCACCAGUUUGAAGAGCCGAGAAGUCCACCCUAUGUUGUAUCAGAAGUACUUUAAUACUGUUAGCAAGUUGUAUUAUAUUUAGUGUUCAUUGUAUUGUAUUAAGUGUUUAUCGAAGUUAAGAAAGAAACGUAUUGUCUCACAGCUUUAGAAAUUUCAGCAAGUGUUUUUAAGAGCUGGAAACGAAAACUACCACAUAAACGGUAAAGGGGGAAAAUCACAUAUUGUCGGGGCCACUUUAAAUGUCUGCACAUUUUCUUGUUUCUUGGUUGGGGCCCACAGGCUGAGUCCUGGGAUGCUGUUUUCGCUACACCCAUUUUAAAGUCUUCAGAAUCUUACUGGAGUAGGAAGGUAUAAUGUAGUUGACUUUUGAAAUUAGAUUUUUUUUACUGGUUUUCACACUGGCCGUUUUACUGUGUCCUUAGAGUGUAUCAGAAAGUUUCCAUGUUCAAUGCCAAACCUUUCUUUUUUAAUACAAAUUUUUUCUCUGUAGCUGCAGUAAGAUUUGCAUUUUCUGGGUUUAAUCGGGCUCCGUAGCACGUAUGCAUGCAGAAGGCCAAACUGCAUCUUACUGACAUCAUUUCAGAAUUUCUCGGACUGAGUCUGUGUUGGUCCGCAGACUGUGUUCAGGGCGGGCGUGUGGAGUGUGGGAAUAGUGGGACGGGCGGACCCCCGUGAACACAGCCCGCCGGGGGGCACGCUGCUUCCUCUUCCACCCCAAAGUUGGCUCCUUGUUAUGUGAUGCUCUGUUCUGGCGAACAGGUUUUUUCAUAUGUUAGUGUCCGCUUUAUGUGUAAGCUUUAGUUACACUGAUGCAAGAUUUUAUUUUAACUUAUUGUACUUUUAAUGUUUGUAUAACCUGUCGUUACGGGGAAAUAAGAUAAUGCUGAACUUAAAACUCAGCAUUUGAACAUCUGUCUAGUAGUGAUUAGCCAAUAUUUUAAAAUUUAUUUUAAGUUAUUAGGGAAAAUAUAUGUCAAAAUUUUUAAUGUUUAUUAAUGGCAUUUAGAACAAUGUUCUCUCAACAUUGCAUAUGACCCUUGCUGAGUGUCAGGGACCACACAUAAUUUCAUGGGUAAAGCUGUACUUUGACUUUAGACACAAAUGUAAUGCCUUUCGUUUUUACUGCUUUUGAUGGGAGGAGCAUGUAAGUAUUACUAACGGGAAUUCAGCUUGAAGAAAAAGUUGGGAAGAGUACUAUUCAUUUCCUCAAAGCAGAAUUUACACUUCCAUUGCCAGGGUUACUUAUGUAAGUAUAGGUAGAAGGUUAGUAAUUGCCUAGUGCGAUGUUCUCUCCCAUGAGUCCAGGGACUUUGAAGUUGUGGUUUAAGGGGCACUUUUAGGAAGGACUCACAGUUAUACUGUCCUCACUGUCAAAAACAUGAAAAGCGAAGGAUCAUCUGGCAUGACUUUGUAUUUGGUUUACUUGUACCUCACUGUAUAUACUUGGGAGAUUUACUUCUGCAGGUAGAAAUGACACUAAUUCCAAAGUCUAAAUUAUUAGGCAAGAUUCUUAUUGAGAAUGAUUUUCCUGUGUGUCAUGUGUUAGUGUUGCCUCCUUUUUGAUAAGAUUUGUGAAAGAUUUUCAACUAUUAAAAAUGUUUGCUAAGGGAUAGCUAUCAUCUCGAGCUUUUGUCACUCUCCAUAAAAAGCUACCUUCUUAACUACUACUCCAAGUAAAAUUUUUCUGGUUUGCUUAUAAUUAUAGUGUAACUCAGUUCUUUUUCAACCUGUUAACCCAAAUGUCCAAACUGUGUACCUAGACAACUUUAAAAGGAGGUCGUUGUCAUGGAUUUGACCGUGUGCUUCUCUUCUCCAGACUCAAACACUACACACCAUGGAAAGUAUUAUGACCCACAUUAUGUUGGAGACACAAGUUUAAUUUACUGUAUUUUGAUAAUUAAAUUCACAAAUGUUUGACAUCGUAAAUGCCAAAGUCUUUACCUAUAAAUGACUGUGUAACAUCCUAGAAAAUGUGCUUAAUGCUAAUGACCACUCUUACCUCCAUGAAUGAAGGUCAUCAAGAAACUGAAAAAUCACUAUGCUUUUAAAAUUUUUCAGUCCGCUGUAAUGUGUUUUAGUCAUCAAGAACUAGCUUGGCAUAAUAAAAACAGAAAUAAAAGAAAGAUAACUGAGUUUUGAGACUACGUUUCUCUCUCAAAUACAUGGUCUUGUUCCCACUGAAAAUUUAUGGUAAUAGUCUUUACGUGCCACGCAAGACUAAGAAUUGGUGAAGAUGAAGAGGGAAGGAGGGUGCCAGCUAUUUGUAGAGUUUUUAAAGAGUUUGCUUAAAAUCCUGUUCCAAAACAAGUUAUCUGAUUUCUGUAAAAUUGUUGCAGUGCUACAGUGGACACUGUGUUACAUAUUAAAGGAGUGUCUUCUAAAAGUAUCUGUUACCUGCAUCAACAUUUCGCAUGUGUUGUGAGUGAUAAGUACUCAUUUUAAAACUUGCUGUUCAGGCAUCAAUUUAGGAACUAACACUUCAUUUUACAGUAACUUAAUGAGGGCUUUUUUCCUAUGAACCUAAUUUCGUAUUGCUGUUAUAAGAUAGUAAGAGAAUUUGGAUAUUUGCCAAAGGAUGAUUAAAAACUCCGGUUCUGAAUACACAGCAUGUGCCUCACAG